UGUCGCUAGUAUCAUUCAGCGAAAUCAGAAAAAUGUAUUCUCACUCAUCAAAAUAAUCUAUAACAAACUUGAAAAGAAAAGGUCCUUAUUAACGUGCAUUAUUUUUACAGUAGUUACUGAACAUUGAAUCACAAUGGCUCGUAGAUAUGAUACACGAACUACAAUUUUCUCCCCGGAAGGGCGUUUAUAUCAAGUGGAAUAUGCCAUGGAAGCUAUCAGUCAUGCCGGGACUUGUCUUGGAAUCCUUGCAAAUGAUGGAAUACUUUUAGCAGCCGAAAGAAGAAAUACAAAUAAACUUCUAGAUGAAGUAUUUUUUUCUGAAAAAAUUUAUAAACUUAAUGACGAUGUUGUUUGCUCAGUGGCUGGUAUAACAUCUGACGCUAACGUCUUAACGAAUGAACUUAGAUUAAUUGGUCAACGUUAUUUACUCCAAUACGGUGAAACAAUACCAUGUGAACAACUUGUCUCUUGGUUAUGUGAUGUUAAACAAGCAUACACUCAAUUUGGUGGUAAAAGACCAUUUGGUGUAUCCAUUCUUUAUAUGGGAUGGGACAAACACUACGGCUACCAAUUAUAUCAGUCUGAUCCCAGCGGUAAUUACGGUGGCUGGAAAGCAACAUGUAUAGGAAAUAAUUCAGCUGCGGCAAUUUCUUCAUUGAAACAAGAAUACAAAGAAGGUGAAACUACUUUGAAAGACGCUCAAGCUCUUGCAAUUAAAGUCUUGUCGAAAACUCUUGACAUGACGAAACUUACUGCUGAAAAAGUGGAAAUGGCAACACUAACGCGGGAAAAUGGUAAAACAAUUACACGAAUUUUACCUGCAGCUGAAGUGACAGCACUGAUUGAAGAACAUGAUCGAUUAGAAGCACUCGCAGAACAAGCGAAAAAAGAAAAGCAGAAGAUUUAAUCUUUUAUGAAAUAAAUAAUUGCACUGUGGCGUGUAUUAUUUUAGGAUUAUACACAGAACAGUAUCCUGAUAAGUAAAACUAUUAAUUUUUUCAUUUCAUAUAAAAUAAAAUAACAUUUAUUAAA